AUGGAAUCCGAAAAUAUGGCCACAUUGCAACCCAUGAACAAAUGUCGUUCAAGGCACACCUCACUCCAGGAUUUGACUGCCAUUUCAAGGACAAACCAGGAUGAUGAAAUUUCCCAGGAUCACUUUUCUUUAUCUUCGACCAUUCCUCACAGCCAAGACAUGGACCAGUGGACAUUAAGCACAUCAGACUCAAUGGAAUCCAGCCCAAUUGUUACUCAACCAGAGACUCCGGAGGUUACCAUGCUCUCAUAUUCUUUUUCACAGCAACUACUUCCUAAUGCUACUGGAAUCAAUGACUCUGCCAUGUUCCAUUCUCUGUCUGACAUCCAAGCUGCCGGCGGUCUUGGUGAACAAACCGAAGUGGACUAUUCACAACCACAUUUUGCUCAGGCCUUUGCAUCUUCCUUGUUUGAAUAUAACUACGAGAAUGAUGAGGCUGCUCAGAGGUGUAUGCAUGAUGAUUCUACAUCUUUGGGUCAGAGCUCGCCACAUGAAGAUGGCCAAUUGUUUUCCACACAGGACACCUGGAAUCUAUCCUUGGAUACGACGAACAUCAUUGGAGCCCAGUAUGACCAAAUUUCACGCAUCUACUCCCCACCGGUCUCUCCUCCCCUUACAGAGGCUAGCCAGGUUUCUGUGACUUCUGCAUGCUCUCAGCCAGCUUAUUUCCAAAUGCACGAGGAAAAGAUCAACAUCCAGGACUCUUUCCAUCCAUUGUCGCCUCCACUUAAUGACCAGGAUCCAAACAGAACUAUCAGGCCUACCAAGCAAAGCCAACGACCCCUUUUGUCGGCGACUACCUCCCGACCUGCUAGGAAAUCCGACCCGGAAGCCUAUGCCUUACCAAUGGGAGAAUCUGUUCGAGGAACCAGCGACAAGACCGAAGUCAGGACUCCCCGGGAUCACCCUUACUAUUCGUUGUCUACCCAAGCCGAUGGAAAAUACUACUGCCCAUUUGCGACUGGAGAGAACCCUUGCAGCCACGCACCUACCACCCAAAAAUGUGCCUACCACAAAUACUUGGAUUCCCACUUGAAGCCAUAUAGAUGUAAGGUUGCUACUUGUGCUGCUCAGAAUCUGCACUUCUCUUCCAACGCUUGUCUCUUCCGUCAUGAGCGUGAAGCACACGGAUUCCACGGUCAUGGAGACAACCCACAUCUGUGUUUCUAUCCAGGAUGUGAAAGAGCCGUUCCCGGAUAUGGAUUUCCCCGUCGCUGGAACCUUUUUGACCACAUGAAACGGGUUCACGACUAUACUGGAUCUGAACAACCCAGCUCUCCCGAGUCCAACGCCAUUGGCCAAGUGCUCAAAAAGAAAGACCCUGCCGGCGUGCGCAAGAGGAAGGUCACCAAACCUGUUACUGCAACCACCAUGAAGAGGACCAAAUCUGCUUCCUCCCAAGGGAACACUGUUAAAGUCAACCCUGCCCAGCAGGAACAGCGCCUACGAAAUGCGGAACAGAACUACUACAAUUGCCGCGCACGACUGCUGGAGAAAAUUGCUACCAUUACCCCUCAGGACACGGUGAUGCACGAAAAGGCCAAUGCCAGCCUCCAGGAACUCAUCACUCUUGGCUUAAACUUCCGCCAGCUCGAGGCCAGCUCGGCUGCCACCAACUAUUCCGGUGUUUGAACGAAUUGCAUGAACCGUCUACUCUUUUUUAAAGCUUGGAAGUUUUUUUCCUACUUGAACACCUGAGGCCGGAGCGUCUGGGACCAAUGUGACUGAUUCUAAAGCUUAUUUGGUAUCAAUCUGCUUCCGCAUAUGGAUAGGUCGAUCCUGGUCUGACGAUUCUAUUGUCGUCUUGAAAUGGCCACGACAUCGUGUGCUGUCGCUCGAGCGAAGGUGGUAUUCAGAGUUGUUACUCGAAACCACACUGCAGUCCUUUCUGCUUCGCGAUUUGGCUUCACCAGCUUGGGGGGAUCUCAAGGGCUUCUUGUUCAUGUCUUCAUUUGUCAAAAGAGGCAUUUUUCUUGGAUUUACAUGUACAUUUUUGCAAUCAUGUAUAGUUUUGAGUAUUUCGGGUCUGCCCGAAAUUUUGUAUACUCCCUUCAUGCGAGGGAGCGAUUUUGUAUUAGCGCAUUGUUUUGAUUUGAUUUCGGAUAUUUUGUGAUUUGGGGGUUUUGUGAGACAGAUGUAUAGACAUCUUGCUAGGGAAAAAAAAAAGGAGCGAUCCUGGAGGAAUUUUGCUUUGAAUAUAUCGUUUUGUCUUAU